AUGACGGGCGUGCAACAGAACCACGACUCGUCGAGCGGCGACACAGUCGUCUCGCAGACUCCAUCGGAAAAAUCUCCCGUCCAGACACCCUCUUCCGCUGCGCAAGAGAAAGAGCUAGAACACAACCACGACCACGACCUGGAUACAUCCGUCCCAGCUGAGGACCCGGAAAAAGAUGACGAGGAUAAUGCGAUUAAGAAACAAGCCUCUGGCGCGCCGCUGGACCGCACACCCUCGCAAGCAGCAAAGAUGGGCAAAAAGAAGAUCAUCGUCGUGAUGACCGCGCUUUGUCUGGCGCUGUUCCUGGCGGCGCUGGAUAUGACAAUUAUCUCAACGGCUUUGCCUACGAUCGCGGCUGAUUUCAAUGCUUCGGAGAGUGGUUACUCGUGGAUUGCGUCGUCGUAUCUUCUUGCGAAUGCGGCUUGUAUUCCGCUCUGGGGCAAGAUCAGUGAUAUUUGGGGUCGCAAGCCGAUUAUCUUGCUUGCGAAUGUGUGGUUCCUGGUUGGCAGUUUGAUCUGUGCUUUGGCUAACAAUAUGGCCAUGAUUGUGGCUGGUCGUGCUAUUCAAGGUGUUGGUGGUGGGGGUAUUAUUAUCAUGGCUAAUAUUAGCGUGACGGAUCUGUUCAGUAUGAGAGAUCGCCCCAUGUACUAUGGGCUUUUCGGUGCCACUUGGGCGAUUGCUGGUGCACUGGGACCUAUUAUCGGCGGUGCCUUUACUACCAGCGUUACCUGGAGAUGGUGCUUUUACCUGAACUUGCCCAUCGGUGGAUUCUCCUUCCUCAUUCUCUUCUUCUUCCUCUCUAUCGAGUCCCCCAAGACGCCCUUCCUGGCUGGCCUGCGCAGUAUCGACUGGGCAGGAACAUUCCUUAUCAUCGGCGGCACUCUCAUGUUCCUGUUCGGCCUCGAAUUCGGCGGCAUCAACUACCCCUGGAAGUCAGCCACUGUCAUCUGCCUCAUCAUCUUCGGCAUCUUCGUUUGGAUCCUGGCUAUGCUCGCUGAAUGGAAGCUCGCCAAGUACCCCAUCAUCCCCCCACGCCUGUUCAACGAGUGGUACAAUAUCCUCAUUCUAAUGGUCUGCUACUGCCAUGGCUUCGUCUUCAUCUCGGGAGCCUACUACCUCCCACUCUACUUCCAGACCGUUCUACUAGCCUCCCCCAUUCUCAGCGGUGUCUACACCCUACCCAUGGUCCUCUCGCUCUCCAUCGUCUCCGCCGCAACAGGUAUCGUCAUGAAGAAAACCGGUCGCUACCACGAGAUGAUCGUCGCCGGUCUAUUCUUCAUGACCCUCGGCUUCGGUCUACUAAUCGAUCUCAAGCCCUACGCCUCCUGGCCCCGCAUCAUCAUUUACCAACUCAUCGGCGGUAUCGGUGUCGGACCUAACUUCCAAGCUCCCCUUGUCGCCUUCCAGGCCAACAUCCGCCCCGCAGACAUGGCCACCGCCACCGCAACUUUCGGUUUCGUCCGCCAACUGUCAACCUCCAUGUCCGUCGUCCUGGGCACAGUCAUCUACCAAAACGUGAUCGGCCAACAAGCCGACAAGCUCAUCGCGGCUAUUGGCCCCGAGCGUACCGCCCAAAUCUCCUCCUCCUUCGCUGGUUCUUCUAAGGAACUCAUCAAGAGCCUGACUCAGUCCCAGCGCGAGGUUGUCCUCGAGGCGUUCACUUUCGCUUUGAGCCGUAUGUGGAUUUUCUACACUUGCAUGGCGGGACUUGGCUUUGUUCUUUCGCUGUUCAUUCGUCCUCGUGAAUUGACCAAGACGCAUACUAUCCGCAAGACUGGUCUUGAGGAGCAAGAGCGUGCGCGUCAGGAAUUGAUUGAGUCCCAACGUAAGGCGGAGGGGAAGCCUGAGGUUGAGGCUUAG